CCGCCUGGCGGCCUCUCCUCCUCUCUUCUCUCCCUUCUUCUUCCUCCUCUAAUUUGGGACCCUUUCUGCUAAAUCUGGCGGUUCCUGCGUUUCCAAAUCGUUGUCAUCUCCGAGCGCCUUCUGGUGCGUGUGGCGUUCUGGGCGAUCGUUAUCGAUAUUUCUCCUCCUCCUCUUUCUUUGUUUCUUCUUCUUAUUCCUUGCUCGAUUCAUUCUUCAAUCGGAGGGCUGGAGAUUUCUGGUUUUUAAGGGCUUCGAUGUCCUGGCAUCUCUUUCCUGUGAAAGGGAAGGAGGGAGGGAGGGAGGGGGAGGUUGGAGAGGUAUGAGGCUCCUCGGCGAGUCCGUUAUGGUAUCGCCGAGGAUCUCCGUUGGCCAUGAUUGGAACGCCGUCAAGAUCGACGCUGUGGCUGAGCCGCUCAAGGUUCCCUACAGGAACGACGGUGAAUGGGGGGAGAAGGAGGAGAGGAACGGGGGAUUGUAUUCCCUGGGCAUGGGCCACGUGCCUUCUCUUCCUUCUCAGCAGAAGCCCGUCGUCGUCGUAGGAUACGCCCUCACAGCGAAGAAGAUCAAGAGCUUCUUGCGCCCCACAUUUGAGGCGUUAGCAAGGAAGAAUGGAAUAGUGUUUGUUGCUAUAGAUCAGAGCCAAUCUCUUUUGGAUCAAGGCCCAUUUGAUAUAAUCUUGCACAAGUUAUCUGGAAAGGAAUGGUAUCAAGUUCUAGAGGAAUACAGGAAAAAGCACCCUGAGGUCAUCAUCCUUGACCCUCCUUAUGCCAUUGAACAUUUACAUAAUCGCCAAUCAAUGCUCCAGGAUGUGGCUGAUUUGAACUUGUGUGACCAGAAUGGCAAAAUUGGUGUUCCCAGGCAGUUAACCAUAUAUGGAGAUCCAGCUUCAAUUCCUGAUGCAGUAAACAGAGCUGGCCUAAGGCUACCUCUUGUUGCAAAGCCAUUGGUUGUGGAUGGAACUGCGAAGUCUCAUGAAUUAUCUCUUGCAUAUGAUCAGUCUUCAUUGUCAAAGCUUGAACCUCCAUUGGUUUUGCAGGAGUUUGUUAACCAUGGUGGUGUACUUUUCAAAGUCUACAUUGUUGGAGAAACCAUUAAGGUGGUGAGGCGUUUUUCCCUGCCAGAUGUUGAGGACUCUGAGACAUUGCAUAAUGUUGGAGUUAUUCAGUUUCCAAGGGUUUCUAGUUCUGCAGCUUCUGCUGAUAAUGCUGAAUUAGAUCCAUGUGUUUCUGAACUUCCACCCCUCUCACUGCUUGAGAAACUUGGACGUGAACUUCGACACCGGCUGGGUCUCCAAUUAUUCAACAUUGAUAUAAUUCGGGAGCACGGUACCAGAGACUGUUACUUUGUUAUCGACAUUAACUAUUUUCCUGGUUUUGGCAAGAUGCCUGAAUAUGAGCAAGUAUUCACAGGGUUCCUUCUAAGCCUAGGGCAAAGCAAGAUGACAAGGUGUCCUGCGGGUAAUGGUUAAUGGGCUCAAGUUGGAAACCUUUACUGCGCCUGGAUGAUGAUGCUAAGAGACCUCUUGACUGGGAGGGCAGUUUAAUCUUCCUCUAGAGGCUGUGAUAUCGGAUGCUGAGGAAGGCGGUCGCCAGUCGAUGAUUAUACAAGGCCAAAAAUCACAGAAACGUAUAGAUAUGCACCUUCGUGUUCAUGUGAAGAUGCUGCUCCCAGAGCAGCGAAUUCGCUAGUCUGUUUGCUUAAUUAUAUUUUUUUUUCAACCAUUCUGUUGAACCGAUGCAUGCAGAUUGCAGUUUCGCUCCAAAUUGACCUAUGCGUGCAUUUUUCUUGGCCUCGAUGCUGACCAAAGUCUCUGCAACUCCUUGGACACCUGAUUCAUCAUGGGUGACCUUCAUGUUAUCCAACGAGACGUUCGCUGGGUUUUUCGGAGGGUCUUUUUAUUUGGUUUCCAGUCAUGAACUAUACAGAGGUUUUUGCAUGCUUGGUUUGUAAGAAUUGGCUUAUAACAUUUGAAUAUUAACUGGUUGGUAUAA